AUGGCUUCCGGUGGCGCGUCACUGGCCUUGGCCGCGCUCCUCCUCGUGAGCUGCGCCUCAGCAGCGGCGGCGACCAAGUACACCAUCGGGGACGAGUCCGGCUGGACGACCACCGGCGAUUACGCCACCUGGGCCAGCGGCAAGAAGUUCAAAAUCGGCGACACUCUCGCAAAGGCGCUCAGCAGCGACAGCGCCGGCAGCACGACCGUGACGCUCAAGACCGCCGGCAAGCACUACUUCAUCUGCGGCGUCGCGGGCCACUGCAGCAGCGGCAUGAAGCUCGUCGUGGACGUGGCCAAGGCCGUGGCCUCCCCGGCGCUGGCGCCGGCCCCGGCCGCGUCCGCGGACACCACCCCAGACGCCCCCGACACCACGCCGUCGACGAAGACCCCCUCGAGCUCCGGCAGCGUCACGCCCAAGAGCCCGGUCACGACGGCCCUCUCGCCGCCGGACAAGAAGUCCACCUCCGGCGCAUCCGGGCUCAGCGCCGCGGCGUGGGCCGGCUUGGGCCUUGCUGGGCUCGUGGCCGUGCACCUCGGCGCGUUCUAG